UCUGGCCCCAUGGUCAUGAGGCUUCAGACAUGGAGCGAUCAUCACUUCAUGCAGCUGAGACAGGAUCAAGAAAGCCCCAACUGUUCCUCAGUUGACUGCCUACUUGAGAAAUAUUACCUAUCUACUGUGUAUUCCCUGGAAUUUGUAUUCGGAAUUCUUGGCAAUGGUAUUGUGAUGUUUGGUUAUAUUUUCUGCAUGAAGAAGUGGUCCAGUGGAAGUGUAUACCUAUUCAACCUGUGCCUAUCAGACUUCACCUUCCUAUGCACCCUCCCUCUCCUGAUUCAAAGCUACAACAAUGGAAGCUGGAUGUUUAUGGAUUUCCUUUGCUAUAGCAAUAGAUUCUUGCUGCAUGCCAAUCUCUAUACCAGCAUCCUAUUCCUCACUUUCAUCAGUAUCGAUCGAUAUUUGAUUAUUAAGUAUCCUUUUAAAGAUCAUAUUAUGCAGAAGAAGAGAACAGCUAUUAUCAUUUCUUUUGGUGUUUGGAUUGUGGUCAUGUUAGAGAUAAGCCCAAUUCUGUUUUUUAUAGAACUGCGCGACAACAGCCAGUGUCUCAGCUAUGGAAGUUCUGGCAUGGCAUCUUACAGCCUUAUAUAUAGCAUGUGCCUUACUGUUACUGGCUUCUUCAUCCCACUCUGCACCAUGUGCAUAUUUUACGUGAAAAUGGCACAGUUUUUGAAAACAAGAAAUGGAACCCUUACAACGUCCUUCUCUCUGGAGAAACCCCUCACUUUAGUGUCUUUGGCGGUGAUUGUGUUCUUUAUUUUAUUCACCCCAUAUCACAUCAUGAGAAAUGUCAGAAUUGCCUCACGUAUGGAAGGAUGGCAGCUAAGUGAACAAUCAAUGAUCGCCAUCAAUUCCAUAUAUGUCAUCUCAAGACCUCUUGCAUUCUUGAAUAGUGUGAUAAACCCUGUGUUCUAUUUCCUUAUGGGGGACAACUUCAGGGAAAUGUUGAUAGCAAAAAUGCGACACUGUUUCAAAACUAUGAAAUGUCGCUGUAUGUAUGACUUCAAACCUAACUCCAAUGAAUCAAGGGGUUAUACUACAGAUUCUUAGUAGCUACAGUCUUUAUGUUAUAUAUGCUGUAUAUAGUAUAUUAGGUCAUAUUCAGUAUUUUUCUGUUAAACAGAAUGGCAUUGUAUUAAAUAUGUAUUUUGUAGGACUUUUCCUGCCAGACAUAAUACAAUAGGAAAUACUAAUAAUAACUAUUUCCUAUUGUUAAAAAAUAAAUAAAAAAAAUAAAAAGUGUAAUUUGACAAAUUUUGGGCCAGACGAUCUUUUGACCUGCACCCCAGCUCUCCUAGUGCAAGGAGUCGACCCCCCCCCCUCUAUUCAUUCUCUAUGGGAGCGCCAGAGAUGCACCAGAGCUGUGCUCAGCUGUCUACAGCACUCCCAUAGAGAAUGAAUGGAGGCGGUGUGUCGAGUGGAGUGGAGUGCAGUUCAGGAGAUUGUGGGGGGUUCUAGCAGUUGGACUCUCCAUGAUCAAACACGUAUCACCUAUGCUGUGACAAGGGGAUAAGUAUUAAAAUGUUAGUACCCCUUUGGAUUUAUGUUCACACAUAACUUUUUGAGCCUCACCUCGAGCCAUAAAAGGUUAGAAAAAACAGGUCCAAAAACAAAAACUGACCUUUUAUUUUAAAGCGGUACUCCGGUGAAAAACUUUUUUUUUUUUAAA